UGUGGAACUGCACACAUCAUCAAACACGUGCGACUGGAUGUGCAAAUCCGCUGCCGGUGUCAUGAACGAAGAUCUUGCCCGCGAGCGGACGUCGAGCGCCGUCAACGUCGAGGCCCUGACGCGUGUAAUCGAUGGAGGAGCAAGGAACACUACAACACGCCGGAGACUACAGGCAAUCGUGGAGCAGGACCCCGUCUUCUCAAAUGCCGACAACAUGUUCAUGUCCAGGCCCGAGAGGUACCGACAUGGCCUGAGGAAGGCCCGCCGUUUUACCGCCCUCAAGGAAGAGCUGAAACUCAGCUCAGAGGAUGCGGGACUGGUAUCGGACAGCCUGAACGACGCCAUGCCGACGUAUAUCCACGCGCUCAUGUUCAGGCCAAACGUCGAGGCCCUCUGCACCGAGCAGCAGAGGCAGGUCUGGCUGCCGAGAUGCGACAGCAUGGAGGUGAUUGGGUGCUACGCUCAGACAGAGCUGGGGCACGGGUCAAACAUCCGUGCUCUGGAGACGACGGCCACUUUCGUGAGGGAGACGGACGAGUUCGAGAUACAUUCCCCGUCCAUCACCGCCACCAAGUGGUGGCCUGGGACAAUGGGUCGCACGGCGAACCAUGCAAUGGUGAGAGUAGUGAUCGCACAGCUGGUGAUCGACGGCAAGCAGUACGGCAUCCACAACUUCAUCGUGCCCAUCCGGGGUGACGACCACCUCCCGCUGCCUGGUGUCAGAGUUGGAGACAUCGGCCCGAAGAUUGGUUUUAACGCCAUGGACAACGGCUUCUGCUCCUUCGACCGGGUAAGGAUCCCCCGCGGCAACAUGGCCAUGAGGCAUCAGCGGGUGGACAGAGACGGCGUGUACUCUUCCUUUGGUUCGAAGGAGAGCAGCAAGAUCGCCUACAUCUCCAUGAUGCAGGCGAGCUGGUUCCCUUUUGUGUUUACGGUGCUGAAACGAAUGAACGUCUCCUUAUAG